UGCCUGUCGGCACAACAAGACGCAUAAGACGCAUACGUCCUCGUGAAAGCUUUUUCUCGCUACGAUCGCUGUGGGCCGUACCCCCAGCCAGCCAGCCAGUCAGCCAAACCAACCAACCUGCUUUAUCCGCGAGAUUGAGCGUGUGUGUGUGUGCAUGUGGGUCCGAUAUUUUUCCCCCUUUUCUGUGGCUGACAAAUAAGAUUGCAUUAUUUUCUUGCGCGCGGUAAUGACGGCGCCGCUCUUACAUAAACAGUGACAGAUAUUUUUGCAUGAAACGGGAGAGAAAGAAAGAAAAGCGUGCAAAAGAAAGAAAUUCCGUGCAUCAGUGAUCUCACCGUCCACCCAGUUACGCCAGCGCGACAAAGUGUAAACACAACUACAAAAAACGUUGCAAUUAAACCGCAAAAUAUCACCCAGCUUUACACAAAGUGAUCUAGUGUGUCCGUAGUGAUCCGUUGCCAUACACGAUGAAGCUGUUGAACGUGCUACCGGCCGCCGCCUACUUUUUCCUCUUCGUGCUACUCUCCUCCAGUGACUUCAACGAGCGGCGAACGCUUGUCCUCGCGCAGGAGCCACUGUUCGAGCUGCCGGUACAGCUAAUCGGCUUCCCCGUGAUCAUUCUCUCCGUCCGGUUGGCCAACUUUGCCAAAAAGCUUGCUUACUCGCUAAAUCCAAAGACCUACCAAUCCCGCAGCCGCCGGGAGACGCUACACCCGGAGGAGCUUUCGCGGCUAGCCAUCGAUGUGGCGCAGGCGGAAAGGAAAAUUCUUCACGAGUUCGGACCGAAGGCAUGCAUCGAGGAGGAACCGUGCCGGAUUCACGCCGUCAACAGUGCCCGGCUGGACAACUAUCAACCGGACUGGGAAGAUAUUCUGAAGAAUUACAAAUCGCAAACCAGUGGCAUGAAGCAGUGGUACUUGCUGUCCGUCUUCCUCGGCGACUAUCUGCGGGAUGUGCAGUUCUGUAAGCAGCUGGCGAAGCGAUUAGACUGCAAUCGCUACCAGCGACCGUUCCUGCGAGACUGAAUUUUCAUCACCAUCGAUCCCCCGCUUUCUUGCACCGCGGGUAGCGCGCUUGAUGUGCUCUGAUGGUGCUUCUAGCUGUAAAUUAUUUCCGUUGUACAUAGUCCGAAAGCAAUUGACCAAGUAAACAGAAAACGAAACGUUUAGGUGUAAGUGUAAAGCGUAAAAAGGAAUAAAAGAAAACGUGUUUUAAAAUUCAA